AUGAAUCAAGAGAAUACUGCUGUGAUUCCUUUGGAAUCUGAUCCAACCGUAUUUAACCAAUUUGCACACUCAUUAGGUUUAGCCCCUGGCUUUAAAUUUAUAGAUAUAUAUUCAAUAGACGAUGAAAAUCUUAUUGCAUUCCUAGAAAGACCAAUUAUUGCAAUCGUUCUUUUAUUCCCAGUUCAAAAGAAUACCACUACACAGAUGACCACUGAGGAACCUACGAAGUUUUUGGAUAGUGAAACUACAAAACCAAUAUGGUUAAAACAAACGUUCAAGAAUGCCUGUGGGUUAUAUGCUUUACUUCAUAUCUUGACUAAUUAUCCAGAUUUAUUGCAACCUGAUUCAACUCUUUUAAAAUACUGUCGUGAGAAUGAGAAUGAUAUGAAUAGCAAACUAAGUCAAUUCAUCAUUGAUUUUACCAAUAACAAUAAACAACAGUUCGAGCACGGAUCGGGUUCGUCUGAAAAUCCAGAUCCUGAAGCAGUCAUUGACUUACAUUUUAUUACUUUCAUAUCCAGGGAUCAAAAGUUAUGGGAAUUAGAUGGUAGGUCCAAGAAUGAGACACCCCUAUGUCUUGGAGAUGUUCAAAAUAUUGAUAAGGAUUUACGGUAUGUCGAUUUGAUUGAACAGCCUUCUAUAAAAGAGAGAAUAUUAAAUUAUAUGAACAAUGUAGAAAAUGAAAACGAUAAGUUGAAUUUCUCUUUAAUGGGGUUUGCACAGUCUUUCGACUAA